CGUCGACUCAAUUUCUAGGGUUUUGAAGAGUAUCUCAUUCGCCGUUUGUGUAUCCUCUGUGAGCAAAUCGAAGAAAUGGGUCACUCUAAUGUGUGGAACUCGCAUCCGAAGAAGUACGGACCUGGAUCUCGAACUUGCCGUGUGUGCGGGAACUCCCACGGGCUGAUCAGGAAGUAUGGAUUGAACUGUUGCAGACAGUGUUUCCGCAGCAAUGCUAAGGAAAUUGGAUUCAUUAAGUACCGUUAAUGAGAGACCAAACUUCAUGAUGGAUGCUUAGAUUACACACUUGAUUGCGGCAUCCGAUGGAUUGGUUUUUGAAGCUCUUGUAGUUUUGAUGUUUUACUUGGGAACCUUGUUAUUCUGAGAGUUGAUUAAGUUGUUGAACCUCUCAUUAAGCUUAUCUUGUUUGGAUCAGUGAAGUUUUAGUUAUCUCGUUUUAUAAGUCAUUUCUUGACCAAGCUCUUAUUAAA